ACUGUGGAGGGACAUGCUCUGUGUUGUUACGGUGGAUGUGAUCUGGUUUGUUUGUUUUAAGCACAGGAUGGUUAUUCCUGCACUUGAAACGCAUGGAGUAGAGUAAAAGGCUUCAACCCCGCCUAAUCAUGAGAUGCCACUGGGUUGUUUUUGCCUCACAUUUUGUUUUGCUGCCACUAACAGUCUGGUGCCAGCCAGUCAUCUCCCCCGGCGGGCCUCACAUUGUAGUUCCCAAGAGGGGAAAGCUUGAGCUGCGUUGCCAUGACAAUGCUACGACAUCUGGUGCCCCAUCCAGGUUGAGGUGGCAGAGGGAGCGGGCUCGCAGGCUGGAGGGAGAGGUGGAGGAGGGCGGAGUGGUUUAUGUCAAGGUGUCGGCAGCACAGGCCUACCACAUGGGUCGUUAUGUGUGCAUCAACAACAGCACACUGGAACACAGCUCCAUCUAUGUAUAUGUGAAAGACCCCCAGAAUUCUUUCCAGCGCACCAUGGUGAACAACAUCCUGGUGCGCGCAGGUGAGAACUGCACCAUCCCCUGUCUUGUGACCGACCCCAGGGUCACCCUCCUGGCCUUGGAGACCUGCAAAGGACAACCUUUGCCCUCUGGUAUGACUUACCACAGCAACUUUCAGCGAGGCGUCAUCAUCAACAAUGUGAGAAAGGAAUACGAGGGCUGUUUCGUAUGUGUGGGGCAGCUUACUGGAGUCAAAGUUUCGUCGAGCCAAUAUACUGUGGAUGUACGACUUGUGCCGAGGGUGCCUCCAGUGAUCACGCUGUCCCAGAAAAACACGGUUAUCCUGAGAAAAGGAGAGCAGUUUGAGAUCACCUGUAGCUCCACCAACGUCAACCCGGACUUCAAUGUCAAGUGGGAUUUCCCUUCAACAGCGCAUCCCGAUGAAUCCCACACCUCAUACAUCCUGUCCGGUUCCCGCGGUUACCAACGUGCCACCUUACUCUUGAUCACAGAUGUCAACCAAUUAGACUCGGGCACUUACCGCUGCCACGCCCACAACGAGAGAGGCUCCAGUGCCACAGCGCUGCAGCUGGAUGUCCAAGAUCAGGGAUUCAUCACCAUGUUAGGAGGCCCAGCUCCAAUCCAGGCUGAUGUUAAAGAGGGGGAGAGCCUGAGCCUCAGAGUAGAAUUCAAUGCCUAUCCUGCACCAAGCUCCCUGUCCUGGUCCUACAACGGCAAGAAGCUCCUCAACACCACAGAGCACGUUAUCACCAUCCACCGCCGCAAUUACAGACUCAUAAGCGAGCUCAGACUAGUGAGGGUCCUCGGCUCGGAGGGCGGGAUCUAUACGUUUUCAGCGAGCCAUGAGGACGCAUCUGUUGAUCAUCCGUUCCACGUGUACGUCAACAGCAAGCCAGUUAUCAUCUCCCAGGAAGGCCCUGUUGAUGGACAGGUGCGGUGCAUUGCCUCUGGUUACCCAGUUCCUAAAAUAAGCUGGUACUUCUGUGAGCUGCCCCACACGAGGUGCUCACACCUGCCCAAUGCCACCCAAUGGGAGACUCCGGAUGUCACCAUGUUGACAGAGUCUACUUUCGGUAAGAGCGAGGUGGUGAGCCGACUGAACGUGAGCAAGGAGCACGCACACUAUCACACCCUGGAGUGUGUGGCGAGUACGGAGGAGGGGCAGGAGGCCUACACACUGUUCUCCAUCAGUGAACGCAUUGUCCCCCAUAAACUCUUCACCCCUCUUCUGACUGGUAUGGUGGCCACUGGUGUCUUCCUCAGCCUCAUUCUAGUGGUGCUGCUCUAUAAAUACAUGCAGAAACCAAAGUUCCAAAUCCAAUGGAAGGUCAUUGAGAGUAUCCAUGGCAACAACUACAUAUAUAUUGACCCCACCCAGCUGCCGUAUGACUCCAAAUGGGAGUUUCCUCGACAGAAACUACGCUUCGGUAAAACUCUGGGCUCUGGGGCUUUUGGAAAGGUAGUGAGGGCCACAGCAUAUGGACUCUGCUCUGCAGAUACUGUGACAACAGUCGCUGUUAAGAUGCUCAAACCCAAUGCCCAUGCUACGGAGAAGGAGGCGCUGAUGUCAGAGCUGAAGGUGCUCAGUUACCUUGGAAACCAUGUGAACAUCGUUAACCUGCUGGGGGCCUGCACUGUCGGAGGCCCAAUUUUGGUGAUCACAGAGUACUGUUGCUAUGGCGACCUCCUCAACUUCCUGCGCAGAAAAAGAGAGUCUUUUCUUAACUCCCAAGUCGGUAAUGGUUACUAUCGCAACGUCUCGAACCAAACGGAGCCUACAACAAGCGGAGAGGUGACUGAUAUGGGAUACAUGCCCAUGCGUCCCUCUGAGAAAGAAAGGUCUUCCCAGUCAGUGGACAUCGAGGAGCUGUCUCUGGACGGCGAAGAUCUCCUCAGCUUUUCCUACCAAGUGGCCAAAGGAAUGGAGUACAUUACUUCCAAGAACUGUGUCCACAGGGAUCUCGCAGCCAGAAACAUUCUGCUGACUCACGGCAGGGUGGCAAAGAUCUGUGACUUUGGGUUGGCACGAGACAUCACUACCGAUGCCAACUACGUGCUCCGAGGCAACGCUCGUCUGCCAGUCAAGUGGAUGUCUCCUGAGAGCAUUUUCGACUGUGUCUACACCUUUGAGAGUGACGUGUGGUCCUACGGCAUCCUGCUCUGGGAAAUCUUCUCUCUGGGUAACAGCCCUUAUCCUGGGCUGCAGGUGGGCUCAGUAUUUUACAGGAUGAUUCAAGAUGGCCAAAAGAUGAACAAGCCUGAGUUUGCUCCCAUCGAGAUGUAUGACAUGAUGUUGUCUUGUUGGAGCCACGAUCCUUUGAAAAGGCCUUCCUUCAGGAAACUGGUGGAGAGGACUGAGCUACUGCUGUCAGAAAACACUAGGAAUGUGUACCUGAGACUGAGCAACGCUCCAGGUCACCCAGAGCAGCAGAGGGCGCCAUCACGGAGACUGAGCUCAGUCUGCAGCACGACAGCCCCUACACAGCCUUUACUGCAAAGCACGGCUGAUGUCUUCCAGGACUAUGUCUGACACACACACACACACACGCACACGCACACGCACACGCACACACACACACACACACACACACACACACACAUACACACACACACACACAGAUAUAUGCACGUACACACUGCUAUGAAACAUACAACCCCCCCCUACCUCCCUAAAUCAUUGCCUCCUUUUACCGCACAAAAUCUACCAGAGCCAAAUGCACUAUGUAAACUAAUAACAACACAUUCACUCAAACUAACUCUCUAACGCUGGCCUUCCUGCAUCAAACACACACACACACACACACACACACACACACACACACACACACACACACACACACACACACACACACACACACACACACAGACACUGUAUAUAUACGACCCUGCACUGGGCUCUCAGUAUUGGCCUCUAUCUAUUCUCCCCAUUUGCGUAUUGAUCUCUGUGGUAGGUAUUUCAGGUCUAUAUAAAGCGGACUCCAGCACUAACCGUCCAUCAGAUACAACAUCCCCCAUCAGCAGCAGGAGGAGAUUUGGCUCACAUUCAGCCGUAGAUUGCAUCUUAAAACGCGUUGGGGAAAACAGAGACCUUUGACUGAGGAAUAGAUAAGCACAGUUGGUGCUGUGAUGUGUGGACUUUUUUUGUGUGUCAGACUAUCUGCCUUUUUACUGAAACAUUUUGUAAUUUUGGGAAAUACAAAUAAAUACAGCUUUCUUGCAGCGAGUUAGAUGAGAAUUGAUACCACCCUAAUUUCUGUGCGCUGAGUAUGGAGGUAAAGUCAACAGCCGGUUAGCUUAGCUUAGCAUAAAGACUGGAAAGGGGGGAAACUGCGAGCCUGGCUCUGUCCAACAAUGAUCAAAUCCAUCUACCAGCAGCUCUAAAGUUCACAAAUGAACACAUUAUAUCUUGUGAGUUUAAUCCGUACCAGAAAUGAAAGUGUGGUUUUAAUGGGGGGUUAGUAUGUGUGGGACUAUUUCUUGGUUGGGAAAAGGGAUUUCCAGGAAACCCUGCUAGCAACCUUAUUGGAACUAAACUUGUUUUGCAUUGUUUGCUUUCUUUGAGAAUUAUAGUUUGACUAUGUACACGUCGACUUCUCGUACAUGUACAAGAGGUAGUUUAAGCUAGCCAGGCUAGCUGUUUCCCUGUGUGUCCAGUCUUUAUGCUCUAAGCUAACUGGCUGCUGGCUCCAGCUUCAUAUUGAAUGGACAGUCAUACUUAUCAUCUAACUCUCUGCAAGAAAGCAUAUUGUGUUUUUCCCAAAACUAUUAAAACUCUUAAUUUACUUACAGUCACUAGAUUUACACAUUCUGAGUUGUUGUCAGCAAGCCUAACUUAAAACUGGUUUUAAUAGGGCUCAUAUAGAUACUUUCUGAUAUCUGAAUUCUCUUUUACAUUAUAACAAGUGAGCCAUAGCGAGGUGGCAGGCAAGCGAUAACUCCUAAUAAAACAUAAAGCCGUAAGUUACACAAACACUGAUUCCCAACUGUGCGUUUAAGCUUUGAAUACUGUGACUAACUGGUGUAUUGCUGUACGUAUUUUAGGGUUAGCUUUAGAUUAGUCUGUGGCCAGGCGUUUAGGACUGUUUGCUCUUUUGACUUGGUUUAUGUCAAACAUGUAUGCAAUGUAAAUACAAUAGAAAUGUGCCUUUAGAUUUUUUUUAAAUACUGAAUGCAUUUGAUUGUGAAACAGUUGUUGUUGAGAGCCAGAAGAGUUUCUGUAUGCUGGUUUUGAUACAGUUGGUUGACUUGUAAUAAUAAAGAACGUACCUGUGAUGGUAGAACCAAC